GAUCAUUUUGAGUCAUUGAAAAUGGAGAACCGAAUCACGUGGGAAGAUGCACAUGGUUUUCAGGCUAUGAAUGAAAGUAUCUGGCAGAUUUUCUGCAGAAGCCUUUAGAGGAAACCGGCAGGUCUUCCAAGCCAUAAAGGGCGACCAGAGGGGCUGGACCACAUCUCUACAGAGAGGAGGCAAUCCAUCCGUGUAUUUUGUCGAGAGGCGGGGAAAGGGGGUGUCUCUAAGGGCGGCUGCGACCAGAAAUUUCGCAGAGAUGGAGUUUCUGCAGAAUCAUCACACGGUGAACACCUCCGAACCGCCGUACACCCUCGGCACAGGUUCGGUGGGAAGCAUCGAGGCCACCAUACCUUCCGGCCUCUGUACCGGGCCUCUUGGAGUGUUAUCCAACGAAGACACCCUAACAGAUAAUCAAAACGAAGAAACUCUGGGUGCUCUGCAGGGCACCCUUCGUCUGCAGGAUCUGCAGAACUCGCCGGAAGAUAUCGGUGCCGAUCAAACACAACAGAUCCAAAAUUCGGGACAAAAUCAAGUGGUCAGCGAGUUUGGGGCCAGUUUCUGGGUGGACGACAUGGCUGGCUUUCCAUUGCCACCCUUGGAUUUGGACCCUUUACCUCCUGGCCUCUUCAGUCCCUGCUCUGGAACCUACAAUUGGGGUUGCACCAGAGGCGAAUGCGCGCCGAGGACGGGGAACGGUAACGGAGAAGGUGUCGCGGAUGUUUUACUAUCCUUGAAACAUGCGGUGGUUCAUCCCGGAAGUCCUACAGGCGGAUAUUAUUCCACAGGAGGAUCGGGUCAUCAUUACUCGCAGGAUUACACGCAAAAUCUUGGUCCACCUGUACCACCCACCCACUACACCUCCACCCCAGCCAUGUCCGUGAACGUUUCCAUGAACAUGACGAUGAAUAUGAACAUGCAUUCUGGGUACGAGCAGAGCUAUUCGUCGGCCUGGGGCGUGGAACCCCUUUUAAGUCCCGCCCAGCAGUAUAAUCCCGUAGAGCAGCAGACGAGGGUGAAUCAACCCCCGGCCAAUAGCCUGAUCGGCACCAGCACCCAUCCUCAUUCUCAUCCCCCGACGCACGGCCAUUCCAGGCUACAGCUGUCAAGUGAGCAUGCGCUAUGCAUAACCGCCUCCGGAAACCCGGUCACACCCGAUGACAAUGGCAGACCUAACCUCUGUAGAAUAUGCGGCAAAUCGUAUGCCAGACCCAGCACCCUCAAGACGCACCUCAGAACGCACUCUGGGGAGAAACCGUUUAGGUGUCAUGCGUGCUCGAAGGCAUUUAGUCAAGCAGCUAAUCUAACCGCCCAUGCGAGGACUCAUUCCGGGGAAAAACCGUUUCGAUGUCCCGUAUGCGAUCGAAGAUUUUCACAAAGCAGUUCGGUAACCACACAUAUGAGAACGCAUUCGGGGGAACGUCCAUACAGAUGUCGAUUCUGCAAAAAAGCAUUCUCGGACAGUUCUACCUUAACGAAACAUCUUCGUAUUCACUCCGGUGAGAAACCGUACCAAUGCAAGCUGUGUCUAUUAAGGUUCAGUCAAAGUGGUAACCUUAACAGGCAUAUGAGAGUCCACGGUGGCUCUCUAACGUGACACAGCUCAAUAUCGAUUAUCGAUAACAAUCGCGUUUUACCGCGAUGCUGUCGAAUACCUGUGAUUCAACUUGGUUCGAGCUUACCUGAGAAAAUGUAAAAAAAUAAACUAAUUACGACGGUCGAUACUCCUAGAACAGGGUGUUCUGCCUCCUGACUGAUUCAAUUUCGCGGAAACGAACCACACGCUUUGUUAUUCAAGGGCUUAACGACGUUUGGAUAUUUUUUUAAAACGAUACACAAGACAAGUAAUAAUCACAAUAUGUGUUUGUAUUUGGCAUUAGGAACUCGUCGAGAAUUCAUUAUAGUUAUCAUCUUCUUGAAUCGGAACAGCGAAUCGAAGGAAAAUUAGAAAACGAAUAUAUGAAACGCCAUUUAAUAUAUAUAUAUAUAUCUUAAAAAAUGAAUUCUGCCCUCGCAAAUGUUUCUCCUGAUCAUUUUCGUUCAUCUGUGCGUUUACGAGAAUCGUUACAAACGGGUCAGGAUAGGUUAAGAAACAGGGUAUCGCAUAUGUAGACCUAACAGCAUCCACCACAGCACCGUUGAUUAUUGUACAAAUAUUGUAUUUAUUAUAAUUAUUAUUAAUUAUAAUAUUAAUGUUGCUGUUUUCACCACCUUCAAUUUUUCAUUAUGUGGCUUUUUCUUUGUCAGUUUGCUUUCUUUUGUAAUUGUAAAAUGAAGGUGUUUUGGCGCCAUUUAAAAAAAAAAACGAUCUCUCUCUUUCUAUAUAUAUAAUAUAUAUAUAUAUAAUAUUCAUAUGAGAACAACUGAUUAAAAACGGAUGAAUGAAUAUGUGAGUUUCUGGUUGUUUCUUUUUUUCUUUUUUUUUUUUUUUAGUUUUCUUGUAAUCCCACAGCAUCAGGACCCACAUAUUUUUCUCAUAGGAAGAAGGGAGGAAAAGGAGGUUUCAUGUUUUACUGGCUAGUUGGUAAUCGAAGUGGGGUAGUAGAUACUAGUUCAUGAAUCCUCAUAUUAAUUUGCCUCUCUUCACAAUUACAACUAUAUAUAUAAGAACAACUCUCUUGUCCUCUUCGUAGAAUAGUGUCUCCUCUUCAUUCGUCAAAAUUCUCUCGCUCGCUCUCGUUCUCUCUUUAUAAUAUAAUAAUGUAUUUAUAAGUAAUAAUAUUUCUUGACAAAAAGAAAAAGAACGUAUGUAUAAUGUUUCUACGUUAUGUACCCAGUGUACAGCUGCGAGCGAAGACGAGUUGGCCUCCUCUUGUUACCUCUCUAUAUCGGAAGUCUUCUAAAUAAGCAUGCAGCUUCGUGGACCACCUCGUCCCGCUUCAGACAUACCCUUGUCGUGUAAAUUGUGUACGGUCACGUACAACUUAGGCUUCCUUUAAUUAAAGAAAAGCGAAGAGGGGAAAAAUGUCCCACCACUCGCCUUUGUUCUUUGUGUGCGAGGAUAGGAGGUUAUAGGUUAGGCUGCGACUACAGUGAAAACAUUCUCUAACAAAUAAUCGAAUAAACAAAUUCUUAAGAGAUUGGUUACAUUGUAUACGUUCCGAAGAAUAUUACAAAUCUAUUCGUCAGAAGAUUAGUGUGUUAGAAAAUGAUUCCACUGUAACUGUAGUCUUAGGCUCUCCCUAGGGAAUUUCUAGACUUCCCUAAGAUCUAAGGCUAGUGGUGGGGGGUUCUCCCUCUACACUUAUUCUUAAUCAUAGGAAGUCUACGUUGCACUGAAGUGUACGUAGCGUAUUUCUAUUUAAAAAUGUAUAAUGUCAUCUCUGUCACGCUGUGUACGUAUUUUGUGAUGCUUUGUUUUAUUUCUUCUUUGAAAUCUUUCUCUCUCUCGCUCUCGCUCUUUCUCGCUCGCUCCUACACAUCGUGUGUCUCGUAGUAUUAUCGAUCAAGUGUUGCUUAGAUCAGUUGGAAUGGUUUUUUCAUCCGCUUUGAAAGCUUCGAAGCAAAAGCUCGUAUGUAUGAAUGUAUGUACGUGUAUACGUGUGUAAUGUGUAUGCGUGUAUCCCAGAGGCAUCGAUGAAUACCAAACGUUUCAGUCUAUUUUUUUUCUUUCGAACGUGUUUUUUUUAAAUAUAACAAAAAAAAAGGAAAAGAAAACACUUUAUCUGGCAUAUAUCGACCGCUGAGAACAAAAAAAUUAAUUAUCUAUACAUAUCACUUUUUCUUUUCUUUCUUUCCCGCAAUUUGCGUGUCUCUUAAAAAACACACGAGGUUCGACGCUUCACGAUCGCACAUCGGCUUCGAAAAAUUGUAUUUUUAAAAAUCAGUGACCAACACCAUUACGACCAUCCAUGAAUUACGACGAUAGCUCAACAGCCCUUGUUUGUAUUUUUUUUCUCUCUCUCUCUAAAUUCUGAUAGAUUCUCUCAUAAAGCGAAAUCAUAUAAAAAACCGAAUAGAUAUGUGUGUCUCUAAAAUAGAUUUCUUCGUACUCUUAAUUUCUUUUUUUUUUUUUCGUUUUAUUUACUUAUUAUCAUCGCUUUCAAUAAUUUUUCUCAAAAAAUUGUCCAUUUUUCCUUCUCUAUCAAUCUUCUUCUUCCUCUUCUUCUUCUUCAUCUUUUUUUUUUUUUCUUUAAAUGAUUUAUCUUUCGAUAAUAUAUUCCAGUGUUCGUAACAUCGCAUUACUUUACUUAAUACAAUAAUUAAUCAUAUUAUAAUUAUCAAUUAAUAAAACUUGUUUCUGUUCGUACUACCUUUCGCUCAUAUAUCCGUUCUCUCUUUCUUACUUUCUCUCGCACUCACUUCCACCCCAUUCGCAAUCUCACACGUUCAAAAAGACUGCUAACCGAUAAGUAUAUUUUCUCUGAAACAAUAAGUGGUUUUUUGUCUCCUUGGAAACACAAAAAUACUCUGUAUCAAAACGCCACUUAUCGAUGUUACCUAGUUUAUAUAUCGUUACGGAUUUAAACCUCUCGAUGAAGAUGCUGCAUUCAUUUCUUUUCUUUUUUUUUUCUUUUAUCUUUUCUUUACGGAACGUUAAGGCAUUCGUGAGUGUAACUUGAAAGAAGUACAAAAAUACAUGCCAACAAAUCAAAGAUGACACAUUUUUUUUCAGUUUAUUGAAGCAACUCGUUUUUCUUUUUUUUUUUUCUCUCUUACUAUACACCCGUGCAUAACGAUCUCGAUCGAUACCGAUGAACGUCCCGGAUGAAUAGCAUCCUCGAAAAGAAGGAGAGAGAAGAAACAUCGUGGUCAACAAUCGCCUACGAGUCAUACCAUUCGAAAAUAUAUAUCUUUCAUCCCACCUAUCACUCCUUAAUACACAUAAAAAUAAAAAAAAAACCCUAACAUUCAAUACAAAAGAUCAUAUAUAUAUAUAGUUCCCUGUAACUCAAACAAUCGCUUCUAUAUACACACUUUAUUUUCAUUACAAAAUAGAAGAAAAAUUUACAACCGGUAACUCGGUACCAUAUUUCGAUCGUAACUGAGAUUUAUAUAAAAUUAGGUUCACCAAGAGUCUCUCUCUCUCCUUUCUCUCCAAGAACACAAGGAUUUUUCUUUUUCUUUUUUUCUCUCUCUUCUUCGUCAGAUACAAUUUUAUUCAUCGGAUCGAUAUAAUUGAAAUGAAACAAACCUUACUUUUUAAUUAUACACGAAUAUCGUAAGGCAAUUGAAAUGCGUCUACUCUGCAUCGAUAACGACGUUUGAAAAUUACAAUAAACCAGGCAUUCGGUUGAUGAAGUUCUACUCAGUACUACCAACACAGCGGUGGUGAAGUACCCUCCCCCCCACAACAACGCUUCGAGAAUGCCCCAACGGAUUACAUACUUCCUCGGUUUUCCUUUUCACCUUUGUCCGCAUUCAUUUUUUUUUUUCUCGUUUACCACAGAUACGAUAAUAUUUAUUACUAAACUUCUCUGGUUUAAUUUUUCUCGUUACCACUUUCGACACCAGGGUUUUCUUGGACUUUACGCAGCAUUUUCAUGAUCACGGAGUAAAAACAUAAAAAUGUAUAUCAGUGAGCAACUACAUUUUCAUUUUAAUAAUAAACAUACUAACACUGAGAGAAUUACAACGUCCACGAAAGAAACAAAGUUUGUAAAAAUUACUGAAGUUGCCAAAUUAUAUAUCUAUAAUUAAUAUAUGCUCUUGGGAGUAUGGUUCUUUUAGAAACAAAAAACUAAAGAGCAUGCGCGAACCCAAAUACAGUGUGGCGAAAUAAUGUAUGACCUUGCGAGAAAAGACUAAAUCCAUAUUUUCUCAUACUUCAAAAUGAAAUAUGUAAUUAAUCGAACAUAUAUAUAUAUAUAUACAUAUAUGUAAUAUCCAUAUCGAACAGGGAGGUUUUUUUUCAUUUAUUUAUAUCAGAAGAUAUUUAUGAAAUACUAAAAAGAAAUUACAAAAUGGAAUUCUACGUUGAGAAUAGAAAAUAAAAAAUAACAUUCUGGAAUUUGAUUAACAUUCCCUAGAUUUCGUUAACCUAUCAAUUGGAAGAGAAAUAUCGUCAAUGAAACAUACACAGACAUUUAGGCUAAAUUCGUUUUUUCAACAUACUUUUCAACUAUACGUGCCAGAUGUUACAAUGUCACCCAUGUUUGAUUUGUACUCUAUGACUAGCCAAUGUACUUCUCGAUGCUGCAGGUUAUCAUAAAAGGAAGAACUGAUCAUGGGGCUCGAGGAACUAAUUACCAAUCGACCUUCGAAAAAAGAAAGAAAAGAAAGAAUUAAACAAACAAAAAAAAAGAAAUAAUCAACAACAUCGUUUUGUAUCGUUCAGUUUUGCGUCCUCUAAAGUCACGUGCGGUUAAGUAUGAAGUGAUUCUUUUUCUUCAUUUUUAUACAAAAUUACGACACACAGAGAAUUCUUACCCACCGUUUGUUAUUUCCUCCGUUUAGCCACGACAUUUCAUAAUCCGUCAUCAUUACUGCCCAACUGUAUUUGGUUUGGUCACAAUGUUUACAUCAAAUGCACUAUUCGAGGAGUCCACCAAACGUAGACUCAAAAGCUCAGCAUACAUGCGCACACCAUUCAUACGAGGCAUGCACACGAUGCCGAUGCAGGUAAAACACGUGUACGUUUAAGACAAAAAAAAAAAAAAAAAAAAAAAAA